ACCCGUAUUCGUUGCCUUUAUAACCUCUGGGUACCCUGACCCCGAAGAGACUGUUGACAUUCUUCUUGGCCUUGAAGAAGGCGGGGCUGACAUAAUUGAAUUCGGUAUACCUUUUACGGACCCAUUAGCAGACGGACCAGUAAUUCAAGAAGCCAACAAUGCACUUAAGCAUAAUAUUGAUAUAGAUCAAAGUUUAUCCUUUAUCUUUCAAGCUCGUGCUCGUGGUCUUAAAGCACCGGUGCUUUUUAUGGGCUAUUAUAAUCCAAUGUUAAUGUAUGGAGAAGAAAAGCUCAUAGAAAAUUGCAAGAAGAAUGGAGUCAAUGAGUUGCGCAUUCAACAACUCUCAAAAAUUUCUGACUCUUUCAUUUACGUCGUAUCAAGAUUGGGAACAACCGGCUUUCGCGCCGAAGUCGAUAAAGAGCUACCUGAUUUGAUUGCCAGGAUCCGCAAACACACUGAUAUUCCUCUUGCGGUUGGUUUUGGUGUUUCCACUAGAGAACAUUUUAAAAUCAUCGCGUCACAUGCCGAAGAAAAGGGAAAACGUGCUGAAAAAGUAAAGGAAUAUGCUUCGGAAGUCUGUGGCUUAUCUUUUGGACUUAGAGAUGAGGAAGCCAAAGAAGAUCCUGAUUUUUGGAAAGAAUAUCGAUCUUACUACGACUAUAUGGGUAGAGAGUCAAAACUCCAGUAUGCUGAUAGGUUAACAGCUGAUAUUCGUAGGUUAACCGGUGAUACUCGUGGUGCAAGGAUUUGGCUAAAAAGAGAAGACCUAAAUCACACAGGUUCACAUAAGAUCAAUAAUGCUAUUGGACAAGUUCUUCUUGCUAAACGUAUUGGAAAAAAGAGAAUUAUUGCAGAAACAGGAGCUGGUCAGCAUGGUGUAGCGACAGCAACUGUCUGCGCUAAGUUUGGAUUAGAAUGUGUUAUAUUUAUGGGUAGCGAUGAUGUUAAAAGGCAAGCGCUAAAUGUGUUCAGAAUGAGAUUAUUAGGAGCGACUGUUAAAUCCGUGGAUUCUGGCAGUAGAACAUUAAAGGAUGCUAUUAAUGAGGCUAUGCGUGAUUGGGUAACUAAUGUUCGAACUACACAUUAUGUUGUUGGAUCCGCAAUAGGGCCACAUCCGUUUCCAAUUAUUGUUCGCGAAUUCCAAUCGGUAAUUGGCAAAGAGGCUCGAGAGCAAAUGUUAAAGCAAGCCGGUAAAUUACCUGAUUUGAUCGUUGCUUGUGUCGGUGGUGGCAGUAAUGCUAUUGGAACAUUUGCUCCAUUUCUUGAUGAUAAGGACGUCAAGAUGGUUGGGGUUGAAGCUGGUGGUAAAGGGCUUCAUUCAGCAACCUUGUCUGUUGGUAAACCAGGCGUGUUACACGGAACUCAUACUUACUUAUUACAAACUGACAAAGGACAAAUCAAAGACACAGAUAGUAUCAGCGCCGGGUUAGAUUAUCCCGGUGUUGGUCCUGAACAUUCUUAUUUAAAAGAUGAUGGCCGUGUUGAAUACGUUGCUGUCACUAACAAAGAUGCUUUAAUUGGAUUUAGAAAGAUGUCGGAGCUUGAGGGUAUUAUUCCGGAACGUGCAUCCAAAAUGCGCAAAGAUCAGGAUAUUCUUUUAUGUGUUAGUGGCCGUGGAGAUAAAGACGUUCGAUCUGUUGCGAAAGCAUUGCCAGAAUAUGGUCCUCAGAUUGGAUGGGAUUUACGGAUUGGAGAUAUUUAG